AAGGAAAGGACAGUGGGAGAAGGGGGGGUCAGAUAUUUAAUCCGAAGGGUGCAAAAUAAUCGAAAAACAAGACAAGAAUACGUGCGUCUUAUUUGUCAUAACCGAUGUUCCUAAUACAUAUGCAUCCCACCCUCUUUUUUUCUUUUUUUUCAUAUCUGAUUUUAUAUGCGCGCGUGCAUCUCCAGCUGUUUUCUUGUGGGUCGUCCUCGGGCGCACUAGCAACAAUUUGCCACCAGGGGGAUCCCUUGUCACGUCGAGCGCGCGCGCGCACACGCACACGCACCGGCCUCAGCUAGCUGUAACCGGCUAUCCCCGUCUGGUCUCGCCCCGGAGAGUUGACACCCAUCCCCGACAAAACCCCCCUCGGCAGCGGCUGCGCUGCACCGUCGACAUGGCAAGGAAAUAUCGCAUUUUCUUAACAGCAGAUGAACAUCUUCCAAGUCAUUUGGAAUGAUAUUCAUCGUGUGAUGUGACCCAAAAUCCACAAUGUGUGAGGACAUUUAGUUCGGAAGAAAAACCAAUCUUGAUUCCAGUGGAAUCUUUCAUAUAUUAUUAUUAUUAUAUUAUUUCCCUCCCCCGUGUCAUAGUUUAUACACAUUCGCACACACCCGUCCCCGCCCACAUAUAAUCAUGCCAGUUCAAGCGCCACAGUGGACAGAGUUCCUGCUCUGUCCGAUCUGCACACAGACAUUUGAGGAGACCGUUCGGCGGCCCAUCAGUUUGGGCUGCGGACACACCGUCUGCAAGAUGUGCCUGAACAAGCUGCACCGCAAGGCCUGUCCCUUCGACCAGACGGCCAUCAGCACGGACAUCGAGCAACUGCCUGUCAACACGGCCCUGCUGCAGCUGGUGGGAGGCCAGGUUCCUAAGGCUCAGCCAGUUGCCUUGAUUAGCAGUCCCGAGGACUCUCAGCAUUAUGAGGAAGCGAGGCAGUGUGUGGAGGAGCUGGCCCUCUACCUGAAACCCCUCAGCAACACGCGAGGGGUCGGUCUGAGCAGCACGGCCCAAAGCAUGCUGAGUCGACCCAUGCAGAGGAAACUGGUCACUCUGGUCCACUGCCAGCUGGUGGAGGAGGAGGGCCGCAUCCGGGCCAUGAGGGCCGCCCGCUCGUUGGGCGAGCGGACAGUCACGGAGCUCAUCUUGCAGCACCAGAACCCCCAACAGUUGUCCUCCAACCUGUGGGCUGCUGUUCGUGCGCGCGGGUGUCAGUUUCUUGGCCCAGCGAUGCAAGAAGAGGCCCUUAAACUGGUCCUACUUGCUCUGGAGGACGGCUCAGCUCUGUCCAGGAAGGUGUUGGUUCUCUUCGUCGUCCAGAGGCUUGAACCUCGAUUUCCGCAGGCCUCUAAGACGAGCAUUGGCCACGUGGUGCAGCUCCUCUACAGGGCCUCCUGCUUCAAGGUGACCAAACGUGAUGAAGACUCAUCCCUCAUGCAACUCAAGGAGGAGUUCCGUACUUAUGAGGCGCUGCGGCGUGAGCACGACUCUCAGAUUGUCCAAAUUGCCAUGGAGGGCGGCUUGCGCAUCGCACCUGACCAGUGGUCUUCUCUGCUAUAUGGGGAUCAGUCGCACAAGUCACACAUGCAGUCCAUCAUAGAUAAGCUGCAGACCCCAGCAUCCUUUGCCCAGAGCGUCCAAGAACUGACAAUUGCCCUGCAGAGGACGGGAGACCCAGCCAACCUCAACAGGCUGCGGCCUCACCUUGAACUGCUUGCCAACAUCGAUCCCAGCCCUGAUGCUCCCCCUCCCACGUGGGAGCAGCUUGAGAAGGGCUUAGUGGCCGUGAAGACGGUCGUGCAUGGACUUGUGGACUUUAUCCAGAACCACAGCAAGAAAGGAGCUGACCCUCAACAGCCUCCUCAGCACAGCAAGUACAAGACGUACAUGUGUCGUGACAUGAAACUGAAGGGAGGCUGUCCUCGUGGAGCGAGCUGCACUUUUGCUCACUCCCAGGAAGAACUGGAAAAGUACCGAAAGAUGAAUAAACGCCUGGCAGCUCGCCUCCCUGGUUCAGGAGGGCCAGAAGAGGGCCUUCCCCUUGACGUAGCCGUGACCAGGAAGCCCUCACCUCUCACCAACGGGAGCGUGGCACCCUCCCUGCCCCAGCUCAUCGCACGUGGCGCGGACACAGUCCCGUAUGAACUGCUGCGGAAGCCUCUCAAGAUGGAUGGAGGCAGCCCAAGUGCCCCGGGAUCGCCCCCUGAUCUCUUGGACCCUGUGGCCAAAACUGGUUUGCCUCUGCCACCUCAUGCCAUGGCUCACCCACGGAUGGCUCCAGACCACCUUUCGGGAGUGAAGCAAAUGCCUGUCGUCGCCCGAGGUUCGCCCGUCUACGCCCAGCAGCAGCUCCCCGAGAUGUUUUAUUCUGACACGCGCCCCCCACCCUCUGCUUCCCAGUAUGAUCCCUCACAGUACCAACCAGGGUACCCCUACCAGCAGCCACCGCAGUAUGUUUCUCGAGAUUACAUCCGUAACCCACUACCCCCAAGUGACUCAGGACCCGCUUACGACCCCUACCCUGGUUACGGACCACCGGAGCGCCCCUACCAGGCCCCCCACUCCGGUCCCCACUUUUCGUACCCUCACCCAUCGCACUACGACCGCGGACGCCACGGGACCUACAGCGGCCCGCCGCCUCCCCCGCAGCCUUAUCAAUCUCAGAGAGAAGGUCUCGUCAGGAUCAGCGCCGCGCCGUUGGACGUUCCCCCACAAUCAGCCGGACAGGCGAACUCGCUCUACCACACGGAACCCAGCGUACGAGAGAGGUACCCAUCAGAAGGUUACUACCCACCGGGAGCCCCGUCACAACCCAUGAGGACUUAUGGCAGGGGUCCGUCAUACGCCGGGUCCCAGCCCAGUCUGGACUAUCUACACCGCCGUCGUAAGGAACUCCUCUCUCAGCUCGAGGAAAGGAAAGUCAUUUCUCCUCCUCCAUUUGCAGCGUCCCCCACGCUACCGCAUCCAUUCCCCAGCGACUACCCUGCCGAGUACGGCGACGAGAACUCCAAAAGCAUUGGGAAAUGCAGAGAGCCCGACUACGCCGGCCAGUACUCCCCGUGGUCAUGCGAUACAAUUAGCUCCUACAUUGGCACCAAGGAUGCCAAACCCAAAGAUGUUAUGGUUCCUGGUGCCAUGGACAUGAUGAAUGUGGAUGCAAAGGUUCUAAGGGAACCGUGCCUGGAGGCCCCUCGGAGGGGUGCGGAAGUUAAGGACGACGACCCCAUUAUCCCAUUUGGUCCCCAGCCAACGGUGUCGCGCUUUGGCGCCAUCUCCCGCACCUCCAAGACGGGCUACCAGACCGGCCCUGUCCAAGCUCUGGUUCCCGCCACCCAGAACCCAAACUCUAAACACAUGACCAUGGCUGCAGAAUACUCGUACGGAAGUCAUGCAGGAUGGGGCGGAACUUCGUACCCGUCCCAUCAGACGGCCCAGGACAGAGAACAACUGAAGAAGGAGCUGCAACAGGUCAACCAGCAGAUCAACCAGCAGACGCAGAUGCAAAGCAUGGAGUGUGCCAGUAACCCUUUACUGCUGCAGCGAGAAGCCAGCGCCUUGGCCGGCCCGCCGGUCACCAGCAGCCAAGGUCCCGUGUCCGCUCAGCCGCAGCAGCCCCCCAAGUGGCCGACCGCGGGGGCGAGCGCCGCGGCCGUCUCCAGUGAACAGCUCAGCCUGGAGCUCCACCAGGUGGAGCGAGAGAUUGGAAAACGCACUCGAGAAAUGGCUCUGGAGAACCAAGUCGCCCACGAGGUCCAGCAGUACAAGCUGAAACCCGCUGAGAAUGGACAACCCGAGCACAAGACUCAGCUGGAAGAAAUCUCGCUUGCUCUCGGCGAGGUGUCAAACGGCUCCAGCGGCCUGCAAGAAGGUGCAGUGGGCGGGUCCAUGCUGUCGCUGACAAACAAGACGUCUACGUUGAGCCUGUGUUCCGACCCGGUCGGCCCCGGCUCGGAAAUGCAGAAGAACGGGGUUGUCCAUUCCUGCUCUUAAGCAGUACACAAUCACACACACACACACACACACACACACACACACACACAAGAAGAUGCUCUGUUGAAAAGCAUGCACAGGCAUACACACACGUUCUAUUUAGAAGAUGAGCAGUAUCUGCCGUGAUAUGAAUUUUCUUUCUUUUUGUUCUGUGAAUGAGCUUUUUUUUUUUUUUUUUUUUUUUUUUUAAUGACUUUCCUUGCCUGGAAACCAGGGCAUAUAAUAACAUUUCUUUGUGUUCCUGUUGUUGUUCCUUCUUGUUUUUUUUUUUUUUCCUCCCCCCUUGCCCUCCUUUUGAAUUCUAGACUAACAAAGGCUCACAUGCAGGAAGAGGAACAGGGUGGUGAUGGUGACAGUGGCACUCAAAAGGAAUUCAGUCAUCAACCCCCCCCCCUCCCCCACACACACACUUAAAAAAAAUGUUUCCAAGGCAGGCAGAUUUAUCACGUCGCAUGCUCAGGAAUAUUUGCGUGGAGGAGACGGCAGCAAGUCCCCCCCCAGAAUCGUAAACAAACAAAAAAAAUGGUUGCACAGAUCCAGAUGGUCUGGGAAGGGAAAGUACGCCAGCUGACUGCCACGAGAAGCAUUAUUUUUUUAUGAAUGCGUUUUUAGGAUUAUGGACUUGGCUAUGUGUUAUUAUUUUUGCCUACUAAACAGCAGUAUAUUAAAUAUUUAAUGGAAGCAUUCUGUUUUAAGGAUUGCAACUUUCUUGAUAAGGGAAUGUGCUUCUUCCUCACCGUGAUCACAAUAUUGUAACCCCCCCCCCCCACAACACCCCCCAAAACCCCACAAAAACAAAAAAAAUGCAGGUCCUCAGGCUGGCCGCAUCCUGGCGCGUCAAGGUCGAACUUUGACCUUUCCCUCCUCAGAGCGUCUCGUCUGGCCGCCCGCAAAAAAAAAAAAAAAAAAAAAAAGCCUCCCCAUUGGGAUUAUCUUGUCACGUGUUCGCCUAACUUCUAUGAAGUUGCCUUCCCUUUUGUCCUUUUGUUUUCAUGCUCUACGUUGUUACGGUUCUGGGGGCUGCGGGGCGUCACGUUUGCCGCUCCUCGCCGUCGGGUGUUCCGCGACAGUCGUAGUAACCCGUGCAUAUGUAAUGUUGUUUUUGUGUGCGUGUGUCGCCACACUUCCCAGCGCUGUCACCGUCACCACAAGGCUCGCUAGUUGUAUUCUAGCGCUUCCGUGUUUACGUUUACUGCCGACAGCCAACACGGAGCCUGCAGUUCAAGUGCGUCCGAGGUGGACGCGAAUUUUUUUUGUGUCCAUCCGGCUGCCCCCCCCCCCUCCCCCCCCUGCAACGGCUACAUUUAUCGUUUAGGUACACAGCUCACUUAUACAUACGAGUAUGUAUACAUACAUUAAUAUACUAAAGCACUAUUAACGUGCCACCUCUUAUUCUACUCGCUCAGCAUUUAUAUUAAAUGAUCUCUACUUUAGAAUCAGCAAGAUGUUUAUUCUUUCUCGUUUUUGUUUUUUGGUCGAGACUUUUUUUUUUUUUCUUCCAAUUUUUCUGUCCACUGGUUGCCAACACAGACUUUUAUCCUUUCCCAGACGAAGGACUUUCUGUGCGCCGUCGACGUUGUGUCCACUUAAAUCUUUUUGUGUUCAAACAAAGAUAAGACUUAUGCUUCCGAAGAAGACAAAAAUAAUUGUAACUUUUGGGGUGGGGAGAGGAACAAAAAGAAAACAAAAUGAGGAAAAAAAAAGAAAACAAAAUAUGGAGAGUUUAAUGGAGCUUUUGUGUGUGUUGUCUUGUAGAAAUAUGUACCCUCAGUUUUCCGCUCCCACCGCCCCUACCCCCUCUUCAAUUUUCAAGAUAUUGAACCCUAAAUAUUAACAUUAAGGGGUGUCAUAAUUAUCCUUUUUAAACAAUGCAAUACUGCCAAAACAUUUUCCCCGGCCCCCCCAAAACUGGAUUUUUGGCGUAUUUAUUGUUUUGUCUGCAAUAGAUGAUUGAGAUCUCCGAGUCUUAAAUCGAUAGCUGCAACAAAAGUAUGGGUGACAUUCAUUUAUUUUAUUUUAUUUAAUUUUUUUGUCGCGCUUUCCUUCGCCUUAUCCAAGUCAACCAAAACAAACAAAAAAAACGUUUGCCUGACUGCUCAUCAAACAAUUUUUAGUUGGGAUCAUGUCGCAUUUGGGGUUUUACUACGUAGUGAACAGCAAAAGACGUUGAAUUGACGUUUCCCAGUGGAACUGCUGCCGACUGCCCGCUCAGUGAGAGAAUCCGCCUAAAGCCUUCCACUUCUGAUCUUUUCAUUUUAUUUCAUUUAAUUUCUUUUUUUUGACCACUGAGCUCUUUUACUGCUGUUUGAGCCUCACGUUUUAUUCGCGAUUUCGUGGGCGACAAAAUUCACAAAUUGCUUUUUAUAUUCCCUUGGUAAUAAAAAAAAAGAAAAAAAAUCUCUUAAAUUAAGGUACAGGUUUGAAUCCAGCAAGAAAAAAGUUUUAUAUGUAUAUUAUACUCCAUUAAGGAAUGUCUAGAAUUAUCUUCCUCCAAUGUGGAUGUAGCCAUUACGACGCCAUUUUGACUUUGUAAGAGAAUUCACUGUGUGAAAAUUGGUUUGCAUUUUUGUAUAAUACAAUUUGCUUUUUUUCGUGUGUGUGUUUGUUUGAUACGAGCAAGACGUCAAACUGGAAGUUUGAGGAGGUUAAAAAAGUGAACCUGUGAAAUUUGACACAAAAUGUAACUUAACAGUGAUUCUGAGUUUAGGGGGAAACGAUUAAAAGAGAUUGCUAACUCUUGA